GAUACAAUUCAUCUCUCUUGCUCUCUCCCUCCCCUAACACUGUCCUCUCCGGCCGCUUCGCCUGUUCAGAGAAAACCACAAGCAUGGAGAAGGUGACAUGCUGCUGCCUCCGGAAUGGAGCACCGUCCCAAAGUUACUUCAAGAAUGGAGCACCGUCCCAAAGUUACUUUAAGCCCUCACUACCCUACACCAUUGCACGAUCCACAUCGCCACCACUGCAACCGUGCAGGUGUUCCAUCUCCAUCUUCCGCUGCAUCCUGACCAACUCCAAGAGAGCCACCGGGAAUAGUGUCGUCGACGUCACCGCCGGCCGCAACACGAGGCCGCGAGGUGGAUUCAGCUUCGACUUGGAGCAGUACAUGUCUGCCAACGGCAAGGCCGUGCACGAAGCGCUGGACCGCGCCCUGCCUGUUUGCCAGCCGGAGCGCCUCAGCGAGUCUAUGCGCUACUCCGUCCUCGCUGGCGGCAAGCGUGUGCGCCCCGUCCUCGCCAUCGCCGCGUGCGAGCUCGUCGGCGGCUCCGCGGCCGCGGCCACCCCCGUCGCCUGCGCCGUGGAGAUGGUCCACACCAUGUCGCUCAUCCACGACGACAUGCCGUGCAUGGACGGCGACACCCUUCGCCGUGGCCGCCCGGCCAACCACGUCGCCUUCGGCGAGUACACCGCGCUGCUCUCGGGCGACGCGCUCCUCGCUCUGGCGUUUGAGCACCUUGCCCGUGGCUGCGCGGACCUCGGUGUUGUCCCCGCGGACCGCGCGCUGCGGGCCGUGGCCGAGCUCGGGAACGCCGCGGGUGCCGGGGGCGUGGCCGCCGGACAGGUCGCCGACAAGGCAUCCGAGGGCAAGCCCGUGAGCCUUGCCAUGCUGGAGUUUAUCCACCUACACAAAACCUCGCGGCUCAUCGAGGCCGCGGCCGUGUGCGGCGCUAUUGUUGGUGGAGGUACGGACGGCCAGAUUGAGAGUGUCCGGCGGUACGCGCGCUCCGUCGGCCUCCUCUUUCAGGUGGUGGACGACGUGCUGGACGUGACGCGCACGUCGGAGCAGCUCGGGAAGACGGCCGGUAAGGACCAGGCAGCCGACAAGGCGACGUACCCGAAGCUGCUGGGCGUCGAGCAGGCGCAGGCCUACAUGACCGAGCUCCUGGCGAUGGCCGAGGCGGAGCUCCAAGGGUUCGCCGCUGAGCGCGCCGCGCCGCUACAACAUCUGGCAAGGUUCAUUGCCUACAGGCAGAACUGAUGGCAAGGUCGUCGUCGUAGUCUCCACGUAUACUUGUUGGAAUUAGGUGCCCCUACAACUAUAUUUAAAACUACUUGGAAUUAUUUUAUAUCCGGCAUAUAUUAUUAUGAAAAUAUGCAUGUACUUUGAAUGGAAUUAAAUAUGCUUGCUGGAAUAUACUUAGUGCACAAUCAUAUCUAAGGAAGCUAGUCGAUUAUCAAUGGAAUACAAUAUAUUGUGUGUAUAUUGGAAAUA